UAAGAUAAACCAUAUAAUUACCUACAUCAAUAUUGAAAGGUUUCCAUCAAUUCAUGGAUGUAAGAUAAAAUAUAAUGUUGCUGGAUAUAAAUACAAGCUUAUGACAACCAAACGCGCAGUCUAGUGUUGGCAGUGUACUAGUAGUAAAAAUGAAAUUCGUCGCAGUUUGUCUAGCGCUUUAUUUGAUGUUAUCGCCAUCUCUAACCGGCGCUGAAGAUCUGGAUCCUGAUGCUGAAUCUAAAUUGCCCAAAGAGGUAAUUAAAUCUUGGGAGAACUUAAUGGUUCCAAACAUGGAACACUGCAUAGCAGAAAGUGGAAUUGAUCCAAAACGAGUACCGGAUAUAUUUGGAAAAAUGGAUAUGUCAAUUGCUCACCUUGACUGUUUUACGAAAUGUCACUAUGAGAAAUUGGGAUUUAUGGAUUCUGACCACAAAUUUCUUCCCAAAUUAAUGGCGGAAAAAAUUAGUGGUUUAACUGAAGAUAUCGCCAAACAUUGCACACGUAAAUAUGAAAACGAAGAAAAUGUGUGUGACAAAGUAUUGUCGGUAGUUAAAUGUAAUAUUAAUAACAUUGCUAAAAAGUACAAAUGAAAUCCUAGUAUGUAUUUGUUAUUUGUUAAGGUUUACAUGAUACAAUAAACUUAUCACUUAUCAG